AUGGAUAAUUCAGGAGAAAAAUUAGAUUUAGAAGAUUAGCAAAUUCCAAUAAGUUAAGAUUCUUAAGAUGAUGAUAACUUAAAUACUAAUAAAUCAAAGUUUGUUGACAAUCAUUAAGAUAUCAAUCAAGAAAAUAUGAUUAAAUCAUUACAAGAAGAUUAUUAGAAUUAGAUAGAUUUGGUUAAAAAAGAAAAUGAAUCACUUGUCCAAUAGAUUUAACUUUUGAAAGACUAGUGUAAUUAAUAAUGUCAAAUGAUAGAGGCCAACAAUAUAGAAUAUCAAAAAAUAAUUUAAUCGAAUGAAAAAACUAAUAUGGAAUUAACAUAAAAAUAUGAUAAAGAGUGUUUUGAAUUUUAAUAAGAAAUUUAGAGAUUACAAAAUCAAGAAAAAGAUUUAUAUAAAGAAGUUCAAAAUUUAAAAGAUCAAAUUAAAUAAAUAACUCAAGAUCAUUUAAAAGGAUAAGAGUAAAUAUAAGAGUAGAAUGAAUUAAUAAAUUAAUUACAACAAUAGAAUCUUGUAAAUUAAAAUAUUUCUGAAGAUAAUUCUAAUAUGAAAAAAGAAAUUGAAAUUCUUAAUUAAAAGGUUUAAGAAUAAUUACAACAAAUUGACAUGUUAAAUAUUAAUCUAAUUAAUGAAAAACAAUAAGAAAAGGAAUUAUUUUAAUUAGAAAAAUAACAAUUAUAAUCAUAAUAUGAAACUUAUCAAUCAGAAUUAUUAAAUGAAAUUGAAGCAUUGGCAUAAUUAUUAAAAAAAUCUGAAUUAGAAAAUUAAUAAAUAGAUGCCUCAUAAGAAUAAAAUAGAAAAGAAAUUGAAAUAUUAACAGAUAAAAACUUAGAAUUAGAAAAUUUAAACAAUGAGUUAACUAAGUAAUUAGAGUCAUUGAAUAUUAUGAUACAGGAUUUGAAUUAAUAAUUCUAAGAUUAAGAAAGACAAUAUUUAAUUAUUAAAGAAUAAUCCCUCUAAGAAGUUGAAUAAAAAAAUAAAGACUUAGAUAUUCUCAAUUAGUAGAUUUAAAAUGAAUUACAAUAAAAAUAAUAACUUUUAUCAAAUAAUAUAAGUUUAUAGGAAAAAAAUUAAGAAUUAGAAAAUUUAAUAAUUCAACUUAGGAAUUAAUCAAAGAUAUAAGAAGAAAAAACUCAAUUAGAGAUUGAAGUCAUGUAAUUAAGUUUAGAAGAGGCUUAAGAAAAAGAAAAAGAGAGUAUUGAACAAGAAAAUAAUAUAAAAAUUAAAUUUUAAGAAUUAAAUAUAAAAUAUGAAAAUUUAGAAAAAUAAUUCAACGAAAGUGAGAAUAAAUUAAAUGAAGAGAUAUCAUAAUUAAAAAAAGAACUAGAAAUUAAAUAAAAUCUAUAUUAAGAAUUAUAUGAUAAAUUAACUAUAAUAAAUGAAAAUCAUAAAAAUGAAUUGGAAUAAUUAAAAAUUACAAUGGAUGAAUAAUAUAAAUUUAAUCAUGAAUAAGAAAGAUUGAAUAUAAUUGAACAAUUAUAAAUUGAUAAUUAAUAAUAAUCUGAAAUAUAAUAAUAGCAAUAAGGAUAGUAGAUUAUUGAAGUAGAAGAAUUAAAAGAAUAAAUUUAAAAAUUAGAAAUUUAAAAUUAAGAAUAAAAGAAAUAAUUAUUGGAAUAGUUAGAAAAAAAAGAAAAAGAGUAUUAAUAAGAAGUUGAUUUAUUAACUAGAUAAAGAAUGGAAUAAGAUGAAAUAAUUCAAUCAUUAUAAAAAUCUUAGACACUUUUAAAAGAGAAGGAGUUAUAAAUAGAUUAAUUGAAUUUACAAUUAUGUGCUAAUUAAGAAGAUCAGUAUAAUAUGGAAUAAAAAUAUGAAAAUAGAUUAUUAUUAUAAAAAUAGAAGCAUGAAUCUUAGAUAGAUGAUUUACAUAGAUUGAUUUAAGAAUUGAAAUAGUAAUUAGAAACUGUAGAAAGUGAAGGAAAGAUGAUGUAAAAUAGUUUAAAUGAUAUGGAAGUGUUAGAUUUUAAAUGUAAGGAAUUGAAAACUGAAAAUGAUGAACUUAAAUAAAAGAUUUAAGAAAAAUAAGUUUAGAUUGAUGAACUUAAAUUGAAACUUGAUGGAAAUAAUGAUUAGAAUGAAUAAGAAUAAAAUAAAGAUACUUAAAUAGAAGAAUUAAAUGCCUAUAUAUUAAAAUAAGAAGAAGAUUAUUCAGAGUAAUUUGAAAAAUUGGGAAAUUAGAUUGAAAAGUUUAAGAAUCAAAUCAAAUAAUUGGAAAUUGAUAAUUAAGAAUAAUAAAAAGUCAUAAUAUAAUAACAAUCUUAAUUAUAAACAAUAACUUAAUAAUAGCAAUCUUAAUUACAAUAAGCAUUAUCAUAAUAUUAAUAACAGUAAUAACAAUAAUAAUAAUAAUAAUAAUAAUAAUAAUAAUAAUAAUAAUAAUAAUAAUAAUAAUAAUAAUAAUAAUAAUAAUAAUAAUAAUAAUAAUAAUAAUAAUAAUAAUAAUAAUAAUAAUAAUAAUAAUAAUAAUAAUAAUAAUAAUAAUAAUAAUAAUAAUAAUAAUAAUAAUAAUAAUAAUAAUAAUAAUAAUAAUAAUAAUAAUAAUAAUAAUAAUAAUAAUAAUAAUAAUAAUAAUAAUAAUAAUAAUAAUAAUAAUAAUAAUAAUAAUAAUAAUAAUAAUAAUAAUAAUAAUAAUAAUAAUAAUAAUAAUAAUAAUAAUAAUAAUAAUAAUAAUAAUAAUAAUAAUAAUAAUAAUAAUAAUAAUAAUAAUAAUAAUAAUAAUAAUAAUAAUAAUAAUAAUAAUAAUAAUAAUAAUAAUAAUAAUAAUAAUAAUAAUAAUAAUAAUAAUAAUAAUAAUAAUAAUAAUAAUAAUAAUAAUAAUAAUAAUAAUAAUAAUAAUAAUAAUAAUAAUAAUAAUAAUAAUAAUAAUAAUAAUAAUAAUAAUAAUAAUAAUAAUAAUAAUAAUAAUAAUAAUAAUAAUAAUAAUAAUAAUAUUAAUAAGUUAAAUAAAAUAUAGAUUCAGUUAAUUUAAAUCCCUAUUUAUCAAAUCAUUAAUAGACACACAAUUAAGAAAAGACUGUAACAAUACCUGUAAAAGAGUUAUAAAAUUGGGAUAAGAAAUCUAAAGAUUAAUUAAAUUAGAUUAAAUUAUUACAAACAGAAAUUUCUUAAUUAAAAUAACUAUAAGAGGAAUAAGCAAAAGCAUUAAAUACUAAACAAUAAAAAACUAAUCUCUCAAUGGAAAGUCUAGUUUAGAAAUGUUAGGCUUUAUAAUAAAUAAUUGAUGAUAGUAGUGUUAUAAAUUCUAAAAUGAGUGCUGAAUUAGGAUUGUAUAAAUAAUAAAAUUCAUAACUUAAAGAAGAUUUAAAACUAUGUAAUUCAGAACUAAGAGACUUAAGAAUCAUUUCUUAAAAUAAAUUUAAAUUAGAAAGUGAACUUUAAUAAGCAUUAAGCACAUUAUCUGAAUAUUAAGAUUAAUAAAGUGUAAUAAUAUUUAUCAUUAAUUUUAUAGUUAAUAAAAUAGCUUGAAAAUGAGAAUUAAAGAAAAAUAGAAGAAUUGGAUAAUACUUCAAAGUAACUAAAAUAAAAUGAAAAAUAAAGAAUAAAAGUAAAUUAAUAUAUUAAAUUCUAGUUGCAAGAGAAAUAUGAUGAACUGUGCGAUGAAUUAGCAAAGACCAAAAAAUAUUUAUAAAAUAUAUAAUCAGAAUUAGAUUAAAAAUCUAUUAAAUUAAAAGAUUUAGAGAAAAUCUUGUCUACUUAAUUUUAAGAGUUUUCUAUUUUAGAAUAAAAGUAUAAUGAUUAAAAUUAGGUUAAUGAUGAUUUAAGAAAUUAGUUGAGACUCUUAUAAAAGAAAUAUGCUUAAGAAACUGAAUAAUUAACACAAGAUUUAAUCUUAAAAUAAAAAUAAUUAAUUUAAUUAGAGGAAUAAAAUCAUAAUAUGUCUAAAGAUUUAUAAAUUAUGAGAGAAAUGUAAUUUAGAUAAAAGCCUUCAAUGGAUGCCCCAUUAACAAAAAAAGAAAAAAUAGUAGUUGAAUCAUUGGCUAAUAGAGUUCAAGAAUUAGAAAUUUAAAAUAAAACCAUAAGAGAUUAAUAUAAUGCCAAAAUUGCUAUUUUGACAAAUUAAUUAGAAGAAAAAAUAACAUAUAUACAAUCAAUAGCAUAUAAUCUCAGCAAAGCAUAUCCCAGUUUAUCAGAGGCAGAUUUGUAAUAAUUUCAAUAUUAGCUUUUAGAAUUGAUAAAGAAGACAUUAAAUUAAUUUAAUCGUUAAGAAAGAAAUAAAAUGUUCAAGAUAUUUUAGAAGUAUUAUGAUAUUAAUAUUUUAGAAAACAAUGAUUGAAAAUUUGCAAUUAAGAGAUUAAAUAAAAUUAUUAGGAGCUGAAUUGAAUAAAAGAAGAUGA